AUGCUUCUUAGGCUACUCCGCCGACCUUCCCCAACCACACCAACUGCUCAAAGGCACUCCCCAGGAUACCCAACACAGCACCCCUGCUCCAAGGCACCCCCCAGGCUCCACCCAGCAGCCCCACUGCUCACAGGCACUCCCCAGGACCCCCCACCAAGGCACCCCUGCCUCCAGGCACCCCCCAGACCCCACAAGGACCUCCCAACACCACCACUGCUCACAGGCACUCCCCAGGAUCCCCACACACACCCCUGCUCCAAGGCUUCCACCCAGGCUCCACCCAACAGCAACACUGUCCCCAGACACUCCUCAGAACCCCCACCACAGCAACACUCCUCCAACACUGCCCCCAGGCCCCCUACAGUACCACUGCUCUCAGGCACUCCCAAGGACCCACCUACAGCACCACCCACACGCAUCACAGCACCCACCAGAUACAAACAGCAGCACCCCUGCUCCAAGGCUCCACCCAGGCCCCACCCAACAACAACACUGUCCCCAGGCACCCCCCCAGACCCCCACCACAGCAACACUGCUCCAAGGCACUCCCCAGGACCCACCUAUACACCCCUGCUCCAAGGCACUCCAAGGACAUCCCACUGCCACCACUGCUCACAGGCACUCCCCAGGAAACCCCCACCACAGCAACACUGCUCCAAGACACUCCCCAGGACCCCACGACCUCCCAACACCACCACUCUCACAGGCACUCCCCAGAUCCCCACCACAGCACCCCUGCCUCCAAGGCUCCACCCAGGUUCCAACCAACAGCACCACUGCUUACAGGCACUCCCCAGGACCCCCACCACAGCAACACAGCUGCUACAAAGGCACUCCCCAGACCCCACCAGAACCUCCACCACCACGCCUCACAGGCAUUCCCCAGGAUCCCCACCAUAA